AUGCCCGCCGAGGAGGAGAAGAAGAAGAAGAAGGUCCAUCCGGGCCUCAUCGAGGCCGACAAGGAGGAGUGCGCCAUCGUCGUGCACUACGAGACGUCGGAGCCGCCGAGCGGCGAGCGGACGCCGCACACGCGGCGGCUGCGGCUCAAGACGCUCAACGAGCGCUCGGACCCCGCGAAGAUCGCCGACGACGUGCUGCGCAAGUGCAAGUACAUCCCGAGCAGCAAGCGGCGCGUCGUCGAGAUGCUCGUCGCGAACCUCCAGGAGCACGUGGCCGGCGACCCCGACGCGGCGAAGAACGCGGCGGCGCAGCGCAGCGAGCGCCGCCGCCGGAAGCGCGAGGACGACCGCGACGACGUCGUCGCGGACAUGGACAGCGUCGACGAGUACAUCGAGAUGCUCUACGAGGGCAACGAGGACAUGAAGGAGAAGGUCCGCGGCACGGAGAAGAUCCUCAAGCUGUGCAGCUUCGUCGGCAACCUCGAGCACCUCGUCCAGCACCACACGCUCAUGGGCGCGCUGAGCCGCGUGCUCGCGGAGGACUACCGGCGGUCGUCGGACCUCGCCUACAACAUCGUGCGCGUCUUCCUGAGCUUCUCCAACUUCGUGGAGAUGCACGCCAUCCUGGCCCAGUACCGCGUCGGGUCCAUCUGCGUCGAGCUCGUCGAGUUCGAGGUGAAGCGGACGGAGCACCGCCACGAGGAGGCGCGGCGCCGCGCGGGCGAGCACGAGCGGCGCGUCGAGGAGCUCGAGCGCGCCGCGGAGAAGGAGGACCAGCGGAGCCGGCUCGUGCAGCGGAAGCAGGACAAGACGCUCUACGUCUGCCUCCACGUGCUCAUCAACCUCGCCGAGGACGUGCUCGUGGAGCACAAGAUGGUCAAGCGCCACCUCGUCGAGUACCUCGUCGCCGUCUUCUCCCACUCCGCGUCCGCGCCGCUCCUCAUCUUGGCGGCCGUGUUCCUGAAGAAGCUCACGCUCUUCGAGGAGAACAAGGACGCCAUGCUCCGGAGCAACCUCGUGGGCCGCCUCGCGCGCUUCGCGCCCUGCUCGUCGCCGGAGCUCAUCAUCGCGAUGCUCCGGCUCCUCUUCAACCUGUCCUUCGACGCGGGCGUCCGCGACCAGAUGGUGCGGAACUCCUUCAUCCCGAAGCUCGUGGGCCUGCUCAAGGAGAACCACAAGUUCCGGGAGGUGUCGCUGCGCGUGCUCUACCACCUCAGCGUCGACGACCGGUGCAAGUCCAUGUUCACGUACACGGAGGCGAUCCCCAUCGUCAUGCAGCUCGUCAUCAAGUUCCCGCCGAACCGGAAGAUCACGCGCGAGCUCGCGGCGCUCGCGGGCAACCUCAGCCUCAACAAGCACAACGCGGAGCUCAUGUGCGCGAACAAGGGCCUGUCGGCCCUCGUGGCCCGCGUCGAGCGGACGCGCGACCCGCUGCUGAUGAAGGUCGUGCGGAACCUGUCGCUCUGGACCUUCGACGUCCAGCAGGACCUGGAGGACCCGGCCAAGGAGUACCUGCAGCGCGGCCUGUGGAGCCGCCACGUGACCCAGAUCCUGGGCUUCGCGAUCGAGACGGAGUCGCACGACCUCCUCGUCGAGGUUCUGGGCACGUUGGGCAACCUCACGCGCCACGACCUCCUCCGCGGCGCGACCUGGGCCAAGUACAUCGAGGAAUUCUCCCUCACGGGCUACCUCUCGAAGCUCCUCGUGCCGGGCAUGGCCCAGCACGACGUCGUCCUCGAGGCCGUCGUCUUCGCGGGCGUCCUGGCGACGGAGCGCGACGCCGCGAACGCCAUCGCGAGCUCGAGCCUCGCGCGGUCCCUCGAGGAGGUCUGGCGGGACAAGAGCGACGACGCCGAGAUCACGCUCCAGCUCCUCUUCACGUUCCAGCACCUUUUGGCGCACCGCGAGACGCACGACGAGAUCCUCUACAACAGCCGCGUGCUCCUGGACGUGCUCGACUGCCUCGGCAACGGCAACGAGGCCGUCGUCUCCUACGCGAACGCCUGCCUCGACCUCGUCAUGGAGCACGACCGCGACGAGACCGGCGCGCUCGGCGAGCUCGGCGCGCAGGUCCGGCGCCGCCGCUUCUACAGCCACAACCGCGAGUGGCUCGAGAUCGUCGAGCAGGAGGGCGCGGGCGCGCCGACGAUGAGCCGCACGAACUACCCGAGCCCGACGGCCUCCGACGAGGAGUCCGGCUCGCCGAACUCGGGCGUCAACGCGGACGUCGGCGUGCUCUCCGGCGGCUCCGGCGAGUGGAACACGGGCCGCGACGACGGCUACGGCCAGUGGGACUGA